CCUCCCGGCCGUGCCCUCCGCCCCCGGGCUCGGGAGCAGCGGGGCGCCGGCCUCUGGGGUUGUUGUCGCCCCCAGGGUUGGGGGCGGGGGGCCUGCGCCGGCUGUUGGGACAUGAGCUGAAGGAGCCCCGCGAUGGCCCAGAGGCUGGCUCUGCAGCGGCUGCUGUCGCUCCCCACGCGGGGACCCCUGGCAUCCCACGGCAGGGCCCUUGGCACCUCAGCCGGCCGCAGGAGCACUUUCAACGUGCAGGACGGCAGCGACUUCCAGGACCGGGUGGUGAACAGCCCCAAGCCCGUUGUGGUGGACUUCCAUGCGCAGUGGUGUGGUCCCUGCAAGAUCCUAGGCCCCAGGUUAGAGAAGCUGGUGGCCAAGCAGGAGGGGAAGGUGCUGAUGGCCAAGGUGGACAUUGACGAUCACACAGACCUUGCUAUCGAGUACGAGGUGUCAGCAGUGCCAACUGUGCUGGCUAUGAAGAAUGGAGAUGUUGUGGAUAAAUUUGUGGGCGUAAAGGACGAGGAUCAGCUCGAGGCAUUCCUCAAGAAACUCAUUGGAGCCUGAAGUAAACGGGUGGCUGUACCUCUGCCUCUGGACACAUCUAUGUUGUGCAUUCCUUGCCUGGGAGAGCUGAGGGCAGGUCAAUUGCCUGCUCUGUACAACCUGCGGGUUUCUUCUGUUUUGGUGAUUUAGGAGAUGGAAAAUGUUGUAACUCUUCCCUCCUUCUCCCCCUUCUCAUGAGCAGCAGUAGUUGCAAAGGGCUCUGUGGAGCAGGGCUGCUUAUUCUCAAAACAGGGAAUGUAGCUGGAAUUAGGAGGCUAUGUUUAUCAGCCAAGAGCUGACGUGCAGAGCUGCUGCUGCUGACUUAAGAGGAGGAAUGCUUUUGUCUCUGCCUCACAUCAGAUAGCCCAGAGCAUAGGGCAGCUGCUCCCUGCAAGAUGAUGGUACAUACCUGCCCUGGGUGGGUUCGUUUAAAGCUGAGAAUGCCACUGUCUUGUCUGUGAAACCUGUCUCUUCCUUUGUCCUUGUGUUGCUGGGACAGGUACAACUCCUUCACAAAUCCAUGGGUUCCCAUUAUAAUUUUAUAAGAGAAAAUAUGGAGAAGUAUUUUAUAGAUCUCCUUUUGUAUGUCUGCAGCAGUAGGGAACAUUUAUCUGUCACUGCUGUCUAGCCGGGAGAAUAAAACUUGAUUCCACCAA